AUGGCCCGCUGCAUCACAUCGUCUAAAAGCGCGCGCAUUCCUAUCUCCAUGUUGCUGGCCGAGACAGUGGCGGUUGACUCUGGCCUGGAGUACGACGACGCUCCGAUGGAGACGUCCUGCAUUUUGGACGAAGUCGCUGACGAGGAGCAAGCGACUCCAGAGGCAAACCCGCUCAUGGUCGUGGCUUCCGCUGUUGACGAUCAGCACGCGGCCGCGGAACAGGAACAAAAUGGCCACAAAGACCACGACCACAAAGGCCAUGGCCUACACGACCUCGUGAAGCUCAUUACUGACCAUCCCGCCUUACUUUUCGCGGCCGAGAUCGGUGCGGAGCUGGUCGUGCAUCUCAUCGCUCACUUCAUUGCCGAAGGGAUAAUGCACCUCUGCAAACGCAAGAAGCGCCGUGACGAAGACGACGACGAAGACGACGAAUAG